CGACGGCGAUCAGCGACGCCGGCGACGACGAGACCUUUCACUGUCUCCUUCUUUGUUUUUCUCUGGAGGAACUUUAUUAUUUACUCGAUUUUGCGGAAGAAGAAGAAGGAGAAGAGAAAUGAGCAGGAUUCGGUGGGAGCAAUGGGAGCUCCUGUUUCUUGUAGCUUACGCCUUCGGAUUCUACGUCGUUGUCGUUCGCAGAUCUCUUCAACUUUCUCAUGAUCAUUAUAGAAGCGUCCGCGGUCUCCGCAGUGGAUGGAUGUUCAAUCGUCUCAAUGAUCUAUCUGACGCACAAUGGAGAAACUUUCGUGGAAACUUACCUGUAUUAAGUGUUGUUUUUGGAAUUUUUGUGACUGUGGCAAAUACCCUCAGAAGUCAAUAUCACUUGAAAAGGAGAGGAAUGUCAAUUAUAUGGAUUUUGUUAUCUUUGAGUUAUUUAGCAUAUCUACAUGGAGCCUGUAUUAUCUUUCUGCUUUCAAUUGCUACAUUGAACUUCAUCCUAGCCAAGAAUUUUGGUCGAUCAAAGUUUUACUUACUUGUCCAUUGGAUUUUCAACGUAGUCAUUCUAGUGAUGAACCGAAAAUACGAAGGCUACUCAUUCUCAUUGUUUGGACAACACUGGGCUUUUCUCGACGAGCACCGUGGUAUUUUUAGAUGGCAGAUAUGCUUUAACCUGGUUACAUUGCGCAUGAUAAGCUAUGGCUGUGACUAUCAUUGGUCAAACCAAGUGUCUCGUUUUGACUAUAAGAAGCAUUCAAAAGGCUGCUCUGUUUGUUCAUCUGGAAACUCUUGCUACCAAGUUUUACAGGAGACAAGCAUUCCUCGAGAUGACCAUUCCUUUAGCACCUAUUUGUGCUAUUUAAUUUAUGCUCCCCUUUAUAUUGCUGGACCAGUUGUAAGCUUCAACGCAUUUGCUAAACAGUUAGGUACACCUCAAAAGAGUUAUUCAGUCAGACAAACUGCUUGGUAUGGGUUUAAAUGGGUUCUUAAUCUUUUCUUAAUGGAAACAAUGACACAUUUUUUCUACUACAAUGCCUUUGCGAUAAGUGGCUUAUGGAGGCAGCUAUCACCAUUAGAUAUCUUCAUCAUUGGAUAUGGGGUUCUAAACUUUAUGUGGUUGAAGUUUCUUCUGAUUUGGCGCUAUUUCCGUUUCUGGUCUCUUAUUGCUGGCAUUGAAGCUCCUGAGAACAUGCCAAGAUGUAUCAAUAACUGCCAUGACCUGGAGGGCUUCUGGAAAAGUUGGCAUGCAUCUUUCAAUAGAUGGCUUGUCAGGUACAUGUACAUUCCACUUGGAGGUUCUCAAAGGAAGUUACUUAAUGUGUGGGCUAUUUUCACAUUUGUUGCCAUAUGGCAUGACCUUGAGUGGAAACUUCUGUCAUGGGCAUGGUUAACAUGUAUAUUUUUAAUCCCUGAAAUUUUGGUUAAGUCAUCAAUUAGCAAGCAUCAGGCUAGAAGUGCUCUUGGGAGGUUUGUUCUUCAUGAGCUAAGCGCUGUUGCUGGGGCAGUUACCAUUAUGUGUCUCAUGGUCGCCAACCUUGUUGGAUACGUUAUAGGACCCUCUGGCAUAAACUGGCUGGUCUCUCGAUUGCUCCAUAAAGAAGGGUUACCUGUUCUCGGUGGCAUAUUUGCAUCCUUUUAUGUAGGGACCAAGCUAAUGUUUCACAUUCGUGAUAAGAAAUGGGCCUGAAGGCAGUUAUAUAGCCAUAUUGGAUUAUAUAGCCAUUUUGGAUUAGUUUCUGUGUUUGGCAAAGUGAGGCGUGAUUCGUUUCUGAGAGGACGACGCAUUUGAAACUGAGGAUUCAUAUCUCCAGCAUCAGGUCGAAUUUAGGCGAGGAGUUUGUAAUGAGAGUUUGGUUUUGGUUCUCCAUCUUUUAAUGGAAAACCAAACUUGUAGCUUACUAGUAAGGAGAUGUAUUAGGAAGAGAUUUUAUAUUUAUAAUUUUUUUUUUCUAUUUGAGAAGUAAUCUAGAACUUUCAUUGACGCC